AUCUAGAGAGUUCUGCAGAUGAAAUGGAUGAUAUGGACCUCGUGGACCCACAAAGAGUCAACAGCUCUAUAACAAACAAUUCCGCACAUAUAUUCUUCAAGAUGAUCUGGGCUCCACAGCCCUGGACCUCAAUUUUUCACAGGAAUCGACAACUCCAAAGGAAACGAUAAUGCAAGAAACAUUGUGCAUCACCUAGUUGUGACAUGGGUCCACACAUCCUACUUCGUGAUGAUCUUUUCACCGAAUUCAUAACUGUUACAAAUCACUGUCUAACACAACUGAUAGACUACACCAUGGAAUCUACUCAUCAACUCUUCCCUUUCAUAUCGGAGGCUGUCCUCUCGCAUGAGAGACGCCAUUUUCAGAUAAGAAAAGAAGGAAUUUGGUCAACUUAGUGUCCCCUGCUUGAUCUGCCAUACGGUGGGGAAGUCCAGCUACUGUAGUAGGUGCCGAUAGCGAAAGAAGCAUUCUGUACCUACUUUGUUCUGAGACCAUUUCCACUUCAUCUCCACCAUCUGCUUUCGUUGUGUUCCUGCAGGUUUCCAUCUUUUCCUCUUCUAAGUGAUAAGUAGUAUACUUUAGUUUAACUUUGCCACUAUGAAACUAGGGGCGCUUCCAGAACUGCUCAUCUUCCAGGUUUAGUACUAGCAAGUUCGUGAAACUAUGGGCGUGACGGGAUCAUUGCCACGACUAUCACAAGAGCCAAACGAAGCUGGCGGAUAGUAACGUGGAGGAGACCAUCAAGGCUUCACUCCCAAGUAAACACCUUCCAAAAUAGGGAACGAUGAAUGUCACCUUGAUGAACGGGCAAUUUCUUACGAGAGAAGGAAACUUCUCUCCGGUUGAAGCAAGUGUGCUGUAAGGGGAUACAAAUCGUCCUUUGGAGAAUUCUAAGUGGAGGAAUGACCAUCAGUUUGAAGAGAAUAAGACGAUAACAUGUUCAUAU